UUGCAGUGAGCAGAGAUCAUGCCACUGUACUCCAGUGACAGAACAAGACUCUGUCUCAAUUUAAAAAGAAAGAAAGAAAGUUUUGCAAAGGAAAUGAGAGCCUUGAAGAUGAUGAGCGUAGUGUCUGGCCAUCGGAAGUUGACAGUGACUAAUUGAGAGCAAUCAUUGAAGCUGAUCCUCUCAUAGCUACAGGAGAAGUUACCUAAGAACUCAGUGUUGACCAUUCUAUGGCCACUUGGCAUUUGAAGCAAACUGGAAAGGUGAAAAAGUUCGAUAAGUGAGUGCCUCAUGAGCCAACCGAAAAUCAAAAAAUUAUCAUUUUGAAAUGUUGUCUUCUCUUGUUCUACACAACAAUGAACCAUUUCUCCAUUUGGAUUGAGACGUGCUAUGAAAAGUAGAUUUUAUACAAAGCUGACAACGUCCAGCUCAGUGGUUGGACCCAGAAGAAGCUCCACAGCACUUCCCAGAGCACCAAAAACAAGUCAUGGUCACCGUUUGGUGGUCUGCGGCCAGUCUGAUCCACUGUGGCUUUCUGAAUCCUGGUGAAACCAUUACAUCUGAGAAGUAUGCUUAGCAAAUCAAUGAGCCACUGAAAAGUGCAACACCUGCAGCUGACAGUGGUCAACAGAAAGGACCCAGUUCUUCUCCACAACAACAACAAUGCAUGACUACUUGUCGCACAACCAACCCUUCAAAAGUUGAACAAAUUGGUCUAUGAAGUUUUGCCUCAUCCGCCAUAUUCAUCUGACCUGUGUGGCCAAACCAACUACCACUUCUUCAAGCAUCUCAACAACUUUUUGCAGGGAAAACACUUCUACAACCAGCAGGAUGCAGAAAAUGCUUUUUAAGAGUUCAGCGAAUCCCAAAGCACAGCUUCUUACACUACAGGAAUAAACGAACUUAUUUCUCAUUGGCAAAAAGAUAGCUCCAGUUGAACUUCAGGCACUUACAACCAGAUGAUCUUGACAAAUCACAUUCCUUAGUUUGCCGGACAACAAACCAGAUGCAGAAUCUUGGAGGCCUGACUUUGGCAAGAAUCUUUAAACUAUACAAAGCCAAAUCCUACCCCCUGGAGGGGGUGAACAUCACCAGCCCUGUGCGCCUGAUCCACGGCACCGUGGGGAAGUCGGCUCUGCUUUCUGUGCAGUACAGCAGUACCAGCAGCGACAGGCCUGUAGUGAAGUGGCAGCUGAAGCGGGACAAGCCAGUGACCGUGGUGCAGUCCAUUGGCACGGAGGUCAUUGGCACCCUGCGGCCUGACUAUCGAGAUCGUAUCCGGCUCUUUGAAAAUGGCUCCCUGCUUCUCAGCGACCUGCAGCUGGCUGAUGAGGGCACCUAUGAGGUUGAGAUCUCCAUCACCGACGACACCUUCACUGGGGAAAAGACCAUCAACCUUACUGUAGAUGUGCCCAUUUCGAGGCCACAGGUAUUGGUGGCUUCAACCACUGUGCUGGAACUCAGCGAGGCCUUCACCUUGAACUGCUCACACGAGAAUGGCACCAAGCCCAGCUACACCUGGCUGAAGGACGGCAAGCCCCUCCUCAAUGACUCGAGAAUACUGCUGUCCCCGGACCAAAAGGUGCUCACCAUCACCCGCGUGCUUAUGGAGGACGACGAUCUGUACAGCUGCGUGGUAGAGAACCCCAUCAGCCAGGGCCGCAGCCUGCCUGUCAAGAUCACCGUAUACAGAAGAAGUUCCCUUUAUAUCAUCUUGUCUACAGGAGGCAUCUUCCUCCUUGUGACCUUGGUGACAGUCUGUGCCUGCUGGAAACCUUCCAAAAGGAAACAGAAGAAGCUAGAGAAGCAAAACUCCCUGGAAUACAUGGAUCAGAAUGAUGACCGCAUGAAACCAGAAGCAGACACCCUCCCUCGAAGUGGUGAUCAGGAACGGAAAAACCCCAUGGCACUCUAUAUCCUGAAGGACAAGGACUCCCCGGAGCCCGAGGAGAACCCGUCCCCGGAGCCUCGAAGCGCGACGGAGCCCGGCCCGCCCGGCUACUCCGUGUCGCCUGCAGUGCCCGGCCGCUCGCCAGGGCUGCCCAUCCGCUCCGCCCGCCGCUACCCGCGCUCCCCAGCGCGCUCCCCAGCCACCGGCCGGACGCACACGUCGCCGCCCCGGGCCCCGAGCUCGCCCGGCCGCUCGCGCAGCGCCUCGCGCACACUGCGGACUGCGGGCGUGCACAUAAUCCGCGAGCAAGACGAGGCCGGCCCGGUGGAGAUCAGCGCCUGAGCCGCCUCGGGACCCCCUAAGAGGCGCCCGCGGUCUGCGGCCAGCGGCCCCGGGGAGGGCUGGGGCUGGGAAGCCGGGGCGCGGCGCGCUAGGGGCUAGGGGAAGUCCAGGAGGGGCGCUGGUGUCUCGGGUGUGGACGUGUAUGAGCAUGCGCAGACGGAGGCGGGUGCGCGGAGGCCGCAGUGUUGAGGUGGUGAAACCGGUGAGCACUUCCUUCCGGUUUACAGGCUGUGUUCUCACUUGGUAUAGGUUGUGCCCUCUUAGGACCACAUAGAUUAUUAAAUUUCUGGCCCAACACCCAAAAGGGUUUUAUGGAAACUAACAUCAGUAACCUAACCCGCCCGUGACUAUCCUGUGCUCUUCCCAGGGAGCUGUGUUGUUUCCCACCCGCCACCCUUCCCACUGAACAAAUGCCUGAGCGCAAAUGUCUGAGCACUGGGGCACUUUUUUUUUUUUUUUGGCAAGCGCAGAUUAGAGGCCACUUUCCCAAAAUCCACAGCUGCACGAAGCUAAGGAGAAGCCAGAUGCCGGUUACUGGGUGUGCAGGGGCUGUUCUGAGCUGGGGGAUCAUUGUGAAGGCCUUCUUCCCUGGGCACCUGGUACCUGGGGACCUACGAGGUGGUGAGGGAAGGGUGCAAGUACAUUUCUUUUCCCUCUGACCUAGGCCCUAGCAAAGGCAAAGAACCCAAACCUGCCAGCUUGGCCUCUUCCCAGAGCCUCCCUCAGAGGCAUGUCAUGCCGAGCAUUCUUUCUGUCUCUGUUCAUGAACAGAAGAGAUGGAUGGGCUUAUUCAUAUAGAGAAGUGAAUUCCACUUACUCCCCUGGCCCAGAAAAGUAGACCAAGUGAGGAACUGUUUUAGCUCAUCUAACUCAUACAUUCGUCCUGGCUUCCUUACAAAACAAGCCUUUCAAACAAUCAUUGUCCUCAGGAAAGUUGCUGAGCUUCCUCCAGCUGUGAGAAUAAGUCCUAAUCUCCAGAAAAAUGGUGGGGGGGAGAGGGAGGAGGCUUAUUGCUUCCCAGCAUUUCAGGGGAACAUGAUCCAACCCCUGGCCUCCUGCCACCCAUCUGCCCUGCUCCCACAUGCUUGGGUCCCAGGGCACAGAACAAGGGCAGACUCCCUAAUCACACUAACAUCAAAAUAAAGAGACUGGGCCGCUGUGUAGCCAGGACAUGCCCAUGCCACCACCUAUUGAACAGUUCAUAGGAGUGGCAGUAAUCUACUGUGUCAGGAGAGAGGGCAAUUACAAAUCUGAAAGAGAAGGAGGCCCUCUGUGUGUUCCAUCCCCUCCUCCUUAAUGCCUCCAAGGGUCCUUGCAUCCCUGGCCCAUUCCCAAUCUCCUAAACUCCAGCUCUGAUUCUCCAUCAUCCCAUGGAGCUAUUCCAAGGCCCCCAUUACCCAUCACCUACACACCAGGUCAAGUUUUGUCUCAGCCCCAAAGGCACUGACAUUUCUAGUUUGCCCCUUCUGCCGUUACCCCAACAGCAUGCCUGUCUCAGCUCCCUGUCCCUCGGCACUUCCCCAGGCUCAUUUGAGCAGGUGUGCCUUCGCAGUGUCCGUAAACUUCCCAGGUGCCUCAUCCAUAAUGAGAUAAUGAAUGUAGGGGAAAGUUUCUCAGGAAGGUGGAAGAGGCAGCAGGACUUGGAGAAGGAGUACCUGCUGGUCAGCCUUGAGAUGCACAGGUGAAGGUUAGGGUGAGAUGAGAGCAUGCCAUACCUGGUGCUGAAUCCCUGAGGGGCCAGCUUCCCAGGCUUAAGCCAAAUCUGCCUUAAAUUGGGGGUGGGGAGGGGUUAGUAAGGAAUUGGGGUUUGUUUGUUUUUGUGUUGUUUUCAUCUUCAUCUUUGUAUUACUAGCAUCCAGCAGAGUGCCUAGCACAUACUGGAUGCUCAAUAAACUUUUGAUGAAA